AUGCGCGCCGGCGCCCGCGCCUUCAGGGUCCUUCUCCUCCUCCUUCUCGUCCUCUUCCUCGCGACCGGCGGCGCGGUCGCGAGGGAAACCAUCGUGGACGACGACGACGCCUCGGCGGGCGGGCUCGAGCCUUUCGCGGCCGCGCCCGCGGAGGAGGAGGACGCCCGCGUGUCCAUGCCAGGUGGCGUCUCCGCCCCGCUGCCGAGUUCCUCCCACGACGCGUACAGAGAAGACGCGCUCGCGGCGGUGGAGCACCUGAACGCGGUGCAGCUCGACGGCGCCAAGGUGUCGCCUCGAUACGCGCUCAGAGACAUCAUAGAGGUGAGGAGCCAAGUCGUCGCGGGGACGAUGGUCCACCUCAAAAUCGCCGUAGGAACGGAGGACGACGAGGGCGAGCCGCGGGCGGCGGCGCGGAAGACGUGCGACGCCAACGUGUGGAGGAAGCUGGACGGCACGAGGGAGGUCACGAGCGCGACGUGCGAGAAUUGCGACGCGCGCGACGCGUGA